AUGGCUGCGAUGGGAGAACUGCCCAUGCCAUCAUCCGCCCUCUCGCCUCUCUCCAGCCAGCAGUCCUUCGACGUCCCGGUAGACAUGGACUCCUUUAUCAACCUUGAACCGACAAUGUAUCCCUCGCCCUCUGUCUCUCCGUCAGGCUCGGACGGCAAGGCCUCCAACAAACACGGCUUCGUCCAGCAGCAGCAGCAGCAGCAGCAGCAGCAGCAAAUGCCUGCUCUGUCCACCACCGCCUCCAGUCCACAGCAGCCUCACUACAAGGCUCCCAGUCACCAGUAUAACUCCUACACACAGCAGACAGGUCUGCCUCCCGGUGGUCUUGCCAACACCAUGGCACUGAACAAUUUCGGCUUUGAUCCUGUUGGCAUGGUCCACCCCGUCGACGGCCUGUACGGCCGAAUGGGUCAACCACUGCACUCUCUACCUGCCCUACCUCUCAAGGACUCGACCGAGAUGGACAUUGACGAGAGUUUUGCCGACUCCGAGGCCUAUAUCAUGCCUUCUCAGGCCACCAAGGCCCAGUUUGUUGAUCCAAGUGCCCUCGGGGGACAGGAGAUGCCUCACAGCGCCCCCACAAAUCAGGCUAGGCGUGUCUAUCCUGGAAUCCAUCAGCAGCAAGCCGCCAGAGCCAAGGCUGCCCUGCAGCAGAGACAAGAGAUGCUCCAGCGGCAGCAGCAGCAGCAGCAGCAGCAACAACAACAGCCCCCACAGCAACGUCAGGCCGCUGUGGAAGGUAACCAGCAGGGAAUCAAACCCCAGGCCAAGCUUAACCGCAACACCGAUCCUGCUGUACAGGAGAGAAUCUCUCGUCUUCUUCAGCAAAUGAGACAGAACAGUGUUACCAGCCAGGACAACACCGAGCAGUCCUGCACUCUGCCACAACCUACCAAAUAUAAAAAGGACGAACAAGACAUGGACGAGGACGAGCGAUUGCUAGCCAGUGAAGAGGGUAAGAAGCUUAGCAGCAAGGAACGACGACAGCUCCGUAACAAGGUCUCUGCCCGUGCUUUCCGAUCAAGACGAAAAGAGUACAUCGGCCAGCUUGAAGGCGAGGUUGCUGCCAAAACCAACGAGGCCAACGAACUCCGUCUGCGUAACGAUGCCCUCACUCAAGAAAACGCCAGACUCACUGACUUCACCCGCAUGUUGCUCUCCUCGUCUCACUUUGCACCUUUCCUCGACGAAUUGAGUACAAACGGACUUCCGCCGAACCUCGGAGCCCAGCCUCAGACCCAGGCUCCCGCCCUUCAACUUGCCAGCCAACCCACCGUGACCAAGCAGGAAGGUAUCGAGCAUCUUACCCAGGAUGUAUCCGUACCAAACCUUCAGACUGGCCUGCCCGCCAUCCCCGAACAGGGAUUUGAUUUUGCCUCCAUUGACCUUAAUGACCAAGGCUGGAACUCGGGAAUUGAUUUCAACUUUACCAACCCAUCCGUUUUUGCGGUUCUUGACGUCCCUGUCCCCUCUCCCGACACGGGGUUCAUCAUUGGCAAGAGCUCCAACCGUGUCGGCCCCCUUCCUUCUGAUGAAGCUAAGGAUGCCAUCCCUUCCAUCGACGCUGUGCCUUUUGGCGUUAGGGUGACCGAAGCUCCCACAGAAGAGGUCUCUACUUCCAUUGCGCCGGCUGACCUUGAUAUUGACGUGAACGACCCUUCCUUCGCCCUCUUCCUCGACCAACCGCCUACCUCCACCCCUCAACCCAGCUCUGACGAUGUAUUCACUGGUACCCGGCCCGCCAACAUCUCGUCCAAGUUGGACCUUGUCGUCGAAGGCUCUACGCCCGACAGCACAUCCAACGACGUAAGCCCUACUGCCAAGCGCGAGUUUGAGAGGCUCUGCUCCAGCAUAGAAGCGUCCUUUUGCUACAUCUCCCAGCUUACGGCUCAUCUUGAUUAA